GAGGUUUGAUGUCAGCUGCUCAGCCUCCGGUGGUGCAAUCCAAUUUCUCUGACCUGCUCUAUGGCGAAACCUAUGGACGAGGAGGACGACGAGGAGCUGCAGCGUGCGUUUGAGAUGAGCCUGGGCCCUCAGGAGAAACCAGAGAGCAGCAGUCCGAGCAACCAAAGCCUCGAGCCCAGCGCGAAGCGCAGCAAAGCAAGCGCAGAGUCCAGAGAAGUUUCUGUUGAAGAAAUGACGGCAGAGAAGAGUGAGGCGAUGCGUCAGAGGGAGCUGCGCGCCGCUGCGGCGGAGCGAAGGAUGAGCGCCAUGCAGACUGAUGCGAGUGUGGCUAGCGCUAUCGGCGCAACUUCUCACACAGCUAGUUCUCCUGUGGCAGCUGUUGCAGCGCAGAAAGUGGAACCAGCUGCCAAGCAGCCUGUUAGAUCUGUGGAUAAAGGGAAGGCGUCAGCUGCUGUGGAAGGAGAAAGUGCAAAUGUGGGUAGUGCGAACAUGGGUAGUGUCAAUGUGGGUAGUGUGAGCCAAACCAGCAGUGCGGCAGCGGUGCCACAGGGGACUGGGAGCAGGAGGCUGACCUCAGCAGAGGCGGAGCGACUAUACAGAAUUGUGUUUGGGUCGGGGGCUUCGCCGGAGGUCUUGAACCAGUGGAGUCGGCAGGGGUUCAGGUUUAGCGCUGACUCAUCCACCCCCUUGGGUCUUGUCCAAAAGGAAGGGGGUCCGUGCGGUGUCUUGGCCCCUGUGCAGGCCCUGCUGCUGAAGCACCUGUUGUACCAGCCCUCCAUUACGGGGCCACCCACCGCUGGAAAGGGCCCCAGGAAAGCUGCGGUGAAAGCGGACCUCACUUUCGAAGAUGCAGAGCGGAACCGCGCCCUCGUUCUUGCCAUGUCCGAAGCCCUCUGGACUGCGGGGGGCCAAACCUCUGCCGUUGUUGCAUCUCUCGAGGCCCCCUCCCCCUCUGGCCAACCUUCGGACGCCCCUACCCCUCAUUCGGACGCUUCUCCCCUCCGUGCGGACGCUCUCUCGAACAUCUCGGACGCCCUUUCCCGCGGUUCGGACGCUCUCUCCCGCGAUUCGGACGCUGCCUUGGAAGAAAAGCUCCGGGGCGUCUCUCUCGAUUCCCCUGCGUCCCUUUCCGGUGUGCUGUCCGUCGUCCAGUGUCGGACGUCCGAAGACCUGCGACGGGCAGUGCAAGCGGCGCUGCCCGCAUUCCGCAGCCGGCUGGGGGCGCUGCUGUUCCUCGUAUCGGCGCUGCUCUCGCGAGGGCUCGACGCUAUCCAAGGCGAUCGGGAUGACCCGGAACCCCCUCUCGUCACUCGGCCGUUCGGCCAUGCUUCCCAGGAAAUCGUGAAUCUGCUGCUGUGCGGGCAGGCCGUGAGCAACGUGUUUGACGGUACGAUGGACCUGGGGGGCGGCAUGCUGGUCAAGGGGAUCCCUGGAAGCGUGCAGGUGGGUUUCCUGACGCUGCUAGAGGGGCUGAACCUGUGCAAAGUGGGGUAUCACCUGAAGCACCCGCAGUGGCCCAUUUGGGUGGUGGGCUCAGAAUCGCACUACACGGUCCUCUUUGCCCUCAGCACGGAAGUCCAAGACGAGUCGGACGCCGAAAGUCGGGAAGAGAUGGUGCGCCGCGUGUUUGACGCGCACGACACAAGCGGCGGCGGUGGUUUCAUUAGCCCUCCCGAUCUGGAAAAGCUGCUCACGGAGCUAAAAAUGAACCUGCCCGCCGCCACAGUCACAGAGCUGGGCGCCAACGAGAUCAUCCUCUGGCAGGACUUCUGGCAGGCCGCUUGCAACCUCGACCGGAGUCAGGGCGGCUACAAGGGCCUCUCCACUCCCAACCAGAAGCGCCAGUUCGAACUGUUCCACUUCAACGGGAUCGCGAAGAGCAUAUCAAACGGGGGGGACGCGAAAGCAAGCACGAGCGGGGGGGGCGCGGAACAACGGCCGCGGCUUACGAGGUUGAAGGUCACGGUGCCGCCAAAAUGGACGCCUGACGAGAUGCUGGUAGCGGAUAGCAUGGAGGCCUUGAAAGAGGAGGAAGCGAUGCACGCACCGCUGGUGGACUGCAUACGCUCGCGGUGGCAGCGCGCGACGUGUAACUGGCACGGGCAAGAAGCGCCCAGCAUCGUUUAGAUGUGCGGGAAUGUAGUGUGUCACGCCACGCUUUGCUUGCAAAGAGCACGGACUAUCAUAAGCAUGAUACGGAAUCGGGCCCUCGUCGUAAAUCAGCUCAAUCCCCGCAAAGUCCUGGCGUGCAUAUCAUGCAAGCAGGAGAACAGGAAGACGUUCCGGGAGUUGCUUGUUUUGGCAAUAACCGAGUGUGUGGUCUCUCAACGCAUUAAGGGUGACUAUAUACUCCGCUUCCG